AUGCCGUCGAGGUAUGAUGCUGAUCAUCCGUCAGCUAUCGUAUUGUUCGUUCAUCCAAUCUUUAAAUCCAAGAUCCCCAGAAAUUGGGUGCCAACCUACCUGUUCCUGAGCUUCAAGCCUCUAACGGAUGAAGUUAAAAGCAGCGUCGAACUUAUUCUCAUGCACUGCCAUAACGGAGCAGCCAUAAUUACCCUUGAAGAUGGCAUAAACAGCUUGCAAGGUUGCACAAAGAGAGCUAUUUUCGGUCUCCACUAUACCUGGGUGUGCAUAUGCGAGCCAACAGACAGAGGAAAAGUCGACCACACACUGCUGAAAUGUGCAGGAGACUGGGAGAUUUCGUGCUGUGAUGAAGGUCUUAACGUUCCAUUGCGAGAAAGCUCCUAUCCAAUGUUCAAAUUCUACGUUACUUUCAUCUGA